AUGGCUAAUGGUCUGAGUGAGAGCAGCAAGAAACUGUCUGGAGGCAACACUCAUAUUCCUCAGAGAAUAUCUGUGUUUCAGACAGGGAAACCCCCUGUGGAGAAUCUGUUCUCAGACCUGUGUGAUGGAAGACGCCUGCUGGAGCUGCUGGAGGGGCUGUCAGGACAUGAGCUGGUGAGGUUGGAGAGAGGAUUCUCGCGCGUUCAUUCGCUCAACAAUGUCAACCGUGCUCUGCAGAUCUUGCAGAAGAACAAUAUCACAUUGAGUGUGGCUCAGGGCCGAGUGCAGAGUCCCUCCUCUCAGCCUCGCUAUAAAAGCUAUGCCUACACCCAGGCUGCAUAUGUCAAGUCGCCCGAGCAAAAGAGGAGGCGUUGUACUGAUCAGUUCCUGAGUCCGGGUCACGAGGAGCUGCAGCGGGGCCUCAGUCCUCUGCCUCCAGGCUCCACCAGCCUGGAGAGCUACCAGGCCGCACUGGAGGAGGUGUUGACCUGGCUGCUGUCGGCUGAAGACGGGCUCCAGGGCCAGCCUCCCAUCUCCGACAAUGUGGAGGAGGUGAAGGAGCAGUUCCACACGCACGAGGGCUACAUGGUGGAGCUGACCACCCAUCAAGGCAGCGUGGGGCGGGUCCUCCGGGCCGGCGCCGCCCUGCUGGGGGAGAGGAACCUGAGUGAAGACGAGGACUCGGAAGUCAGGGAGCAGAUGAACCUCCUGAACGCCCGGUGGGAACACCUGAGAGUGGCAAGCAUGGAGAGACAGACCAGACUCCACGAGGUGCUGAUGGGCCUGCAGCACCAGCAGCUGCAGCAGCUCACCGACUGGCUGGAUGUGACGGAGGCGCGGAUUAAAAGGAUGGGGACCCAACCGAUGGGUCCUGACCUGGAGGACGUCAAGCACCAAGUGGAAGAGCACAAGCUGCUGCAGGAGGACCUGGAGCUGGAGCAGGUGAGGGUGAACUCUCUGACCCACAUGGUGGUGGUGGUGGACGAGACCAGCGGAGACAGCGCCACGGCGGCUUUGGAGAGCAAACUCCAGGUGCUAGGUGACCGCUGGGCCUCCAUUUGCAGAUGGACAGAAGAACGCUGGAUCCUGCUUCAGGAGAUUCUACUGAAAUGGCAGCACUUCACUAAUGAACAGUCUCUGUUUGACUCCUGGCUGACUCAGAAGGAGGAGCAUGUUCGCUCUAUCAAGACCACCAACCUGAAGGACCAGGCGGAGAUGACGGCCUGCAUCCGCCGCCUCACUACGGUGAAGGCAGAACUGGAGGUGAAGCGCCCCACCAUGGACAAGCUGUGCUCCAUGAGUCAGGAUCUGCUGUCCAGCGUCAAGAACAAGGAGGUGGCCAGCAAACUGGAGGCCCGACUGGACAGCUUCGCCCAGCGCUGGGACCGCCUGAUCCAGAGUCUGGAGAUGAGCAGCUCCCAGUCUCCGUGCUUUAAAACUGACAUGCUCCCUGACAGUGAUACUGUAGGAUAA